CUCAUUUGAAUCGACCAAAGCAAAGCAAAGCAAAGCACGCAGCCAAAUCAAAUCCAUUGACGCACCUCCCUUUCCACACCCAAAACCAAAGACGUACGCCAACAACCCAAAACUAAAGAUGCACACUCCUCCACUCUUCUUCCUCCUCCACCUACUUCCUUUUCUCUUCCAAAUUCCAUGGCCAAUAAUUCACCUGAAUAACACUCUUCAUUUUCUCUUCUCUCUCUCUUUUCCCAACUUUACCCCCUUUGCUUAUACUUUUAAGACAUGACUCCCUUUUCUUGUUUACCUUCUGCCAGAAACAUCACGCGACAUCCUCAUUUACAUGUUCCUAAAUACCGUUACAAUGGAACUCAACUACCCAAGAAAGAGAAUCUUAUAUUCAGGCAUUUCCAAGUUCCAACCAGGCCUUAUCUUCCUAUCUUGAGCUUAACGAACUCCAAACUGAAUCAACCUUUUGCAAGUAUAUCUUCUUUUGCAGAGGCAGAUGGUGAGAAAGGGCAAAAUGAUCAAGGAAUCAGAAUUGAAACGCAUCAAGAAGAUGCUAAAACCAAUGAAGAUGACCUGCCUGGAAUGGCUGAAGCCUUUCAUGUAUCUUCAAGAACUGCUUCUGCUAUUGCUAUAUUCAUAGCUUUUGCAGCUUUGAGUCUUCCAUUUUUUAUGACAUCUUUGGGUCAAGGGCUUAGCUUAAAGACCAAGUUUUUAUCAUAUGCAACACUUUUACUUGGAUUUUACAUGGCUUGGAAUAUUGGAGCCAAUGAUGUGGCUAAUGCCAUGGGAACUUCAGUGGGAUCAGGUGCAUUGACCUUGCGCCAAGCUGUGUUGACGGCAGCGUUUUUGGAGUUCUCUGGAGCAUUGUUGAUGGGAACUCAUGUGACCAGUACAAUGCAGAAAGGAAUUCUUGUUGCUAGCGUGUUUCAAGGGAAGGAUAGUCUGCUUUUUGCUGGAUUGCUCUCUUCUCUCGCAGCCGCUGGUACUUGGUUGCAGGUUGCAUCAUAUUAUGGUUGGCCAGUUUCCACCACGCACUGUAUAGUAGGAUCAAUGGUUGGAUUUGGCCUGGUUUAUGGGGGAGCUGGUGCUGUUUUCUGGAGCUCAUUGGCAAGGGUAGCUUCAUCGUGGGUUAUCUCACCCAUAAUGGGAGCAAUGGUGUCAUUUCUAGUCUACAAAUGCAACCGCAGAUUUGUUUACAGUGCUCAUAAUCCUGGACAAGCGGCAGCUGCGGCAGCACCAGUUGCAGUUUUUCUGGGUGUAACUGGGAUUUCUUUUGCAGCCUUUCCAUUAAGUAGGAGCUUUCCAAUGGUGAUUGCCCAGGCUCUAGGCUGUGGAGCAGCUGGGGCGCUCAUAGUUUUCGAAAUUAUCAAAAAACAGCUUGGUCAUCUCCUUGUCAAAUCCACUUCACCAGAUUCAGAGCCACAAGAGAAUAAUACUCAGAAUAAAAAUCUGGGGCUUCUCUCAGAUGUUGCAGGGCCUAGAGGCACCCAACUGGAAAUAGUUUAUGGGGUCUUUGGAUACAUGCAGGUAUUGUCAGCUUGCUUCAUGUCAUUUGCCCAUGGUGGAAAUGAUGUCUCCAAUGCGAUAGGUCCUCUAGCUGCUGCAUUAUCAAUUCUUCAAGGAGGUGCCAGUGGAACCGAGAUCGUUAUCCCGAAUGAUGUUCUCGCAUGGGGAGGAUUUGGAAUUGUAGCAGGGCUGACGAUAUGGGGGUAUAGAGUGAUAGCAACAAUUGGGAAGAAGAUAACAGAACUCACGCCAACUAGAGGAUUUGCAGCUGAGUUUGCUGCAGCUUCUGUCGUUCUCUUUGCGUCAAAGCUGGGAUUGCCUAUCUCAGCAACCCACACUUUAGUGGGAGCAGUUAUGGGAGUUGGUUUUGCGAGGGGACUAAAUAGUGUUCGUGCAGAGACGGUGCAGGAGAUUGUGACAUCCUGGGCUGUGACAAUUCCAGUUGGUGCUUCUCUUGCAAUUGUCUACACGUGGAUCUUAACCAAGCUUUUGUCAUAUAUUUUAUGAUAAUUAUUCAACAAAUUUUAAACAGCUUGAUGUAUGUUAUUAAUUAGAGUCAACUCAUUUUUUUCAAACUAAUUUGUGGAAGUGUUAUGCCUCCUUGAGUUGAUGUGAUUUCCUUUCAACUGGAAAUCACUAAAUAUUUUGGAUAUGGGCUGAGCCUUUUUGUUUCCUGUACGAGAUGUUGGGAGGAAU